UUACUUUCACUCUGUUACAAUGUCUAUUAUAGUAUCAUAAAAGUCUUUUCCCAUAAGAGACCUAAUAUCAUACAAUGAAUUUCUGAAAGUGGCAAAUAUGUACAGUACAUGUAGAUAAAUAACAGAGAUUGUGCAUAGGAAGAACUUGUUUGUUGACAUCUUGUGAUUACAUUCGUUUUGUAUUUCAGUUUCAAAUGCAUCACUUUGGGAAUUCCCGUACGGACUGGACUGACUUCACAAGUCGAAGAUGGCCUUUGACCCAACUCAAGAGUUAAAGAACUUCCCGUGUACUUUCAACCUAAAGACCGGAACAAAGAUCUCACACCAACGUUUUCUACAUGUCCGAACCAACGUCCAGCAAGAUUUAGACCUUAACGAUGGUGCCGUAUCCGAGAAAGUUAGAAAUUUGAAUCUCCUCACUUGGGUAUUUUACAAUUUGAAUGACCGAGAAAGUAAGAAAGAAUCGUUGCGACUGAACAAAGAAGUUUUAGAAAUGACACAAAGGAAAAAUCUAACCGCUCUUGGAAAUCAGGUUUUCCUGUCUUGCCUCCAAGGGGACAAAAUCAAUGGGAAAAAAAUAUUUAAAGAGUUGCAGGACUUGGCACAAGAAAAUACAUUUGAUGAUUUGAAAUCAGAAGCCAUAUCGGAGCAAGCUUAUACGUACAGCAGACUGGGAGGCAUUGCCAACUAUGAACUCAGCAUAAAAUUAUUUAAGCAAUGCAUCGAGAAAUGCCCAACUAAUUACCUGUGGAAAUACGGGCUUGGGCUAGUGAACAGAAGACUUACAAAUUACAAUCUUAAUUGCUCUAGUCCAGAAAAAAUGAACAUGAGUGAAAUGACCACAGAAUGUGCCAAGUUAAUGUUUGAAAUUGCGGAAAAUGGGGAUGGAAGAUUAAGGGGAAUGGCAUAUGCCCAACUAGUUAAUCUCAGGCAGAACAACUUCAGACGAGAAUGGGAUGCUGUUUUCAAGGGACUGGAUAUAAGACAGCUACUGGGGAAAGCGUUGAAGUAUGGCAGUAACAAUCCCACGGUUCUUACAGCGUGCGGUAAAAGUAUGAAAGGAACAGAUAUCGAUAAGGCAAUUUCUUUGUUGAGAGAUUCCGUAAAACUCCGAGAAAAUGGUAUAGCGUACCACCAUUUGGGCUUAAGUCUUAUAAAGAAAGUAGAUCGAGAAGCUAGAAACAGAUACGGACGCAAGCCUUCUUAUGUUCGGCAGCUUACUUAUGAUUCAUUGACCGUUUCUAAUGCUUUACAAUCAACAGGCUUACAAGCAGAAGGUGGCGCAUGUUCGUCACUUUCCUUUGGAAAUUUACCAGGGAAAAAUGAAAACCUAGAUUCUGGGUUUGAUAGCAUGCCAAUGAUGAAUAAAGAUGUGAAUUCGGAGGAAUCUGAACAAAGUCUAUGUUCAGGCAUACAGAACAUAAACAUAGCAAGCCACGGGAAGGCUGAUUACCAUAGCACUUCACAAUAUCAAUCUCAUAGAAGACCAUACAAUAGAGGCCAAAGAAAUUACCACACAGCUAAACCACAGAGAUUCCAAGCUCGAAAACAAACGCCCUUUACUAAACAGACAAAUAAUUGGCGUCCCCAAAACCAAAAUUUCCGUGAGAACUUUCAGAAACCUUCAUUGCGCCAGUCUAAGUCUGCUGAUUUCUCUUGUAAAUCAUUAAAACAUUUUGCUAUAAGCCCAACAAAGAAACUUGAUGAAAAUAAUGAUUUAGUCAAAGAGGCAAUACAAGCUUAUGAAAAGGCUAUUGAGGUUUCUGAAGAAGAAAAUAUAACUGCAACACUAUGCCUUGGUGAUCUUUACAUGAGGCUAGAGCAAUACCAAAACGCACUUGCUCAGUACAUGAAGGCCUUUGAUAAAAAUACAAAUUCUUAUCUUAUAAGUUUAAUUUCUGCUCAUGAAAGCGCUGGGAAUUGUCUGCAAAAAUUAAGCGAGUUACCAGAUGAAUCAGAUGCAGAAAUGUUAAAAAAAGAAUCCAGAGAACAAUUUGUAAAGGCCCUAAGUCUAGCAGCAGAUUUGGCUUCUAGGAAUCCCGAACUAGAAAAUUGUGAGUCCGAAGUUUGGGAUGCCUUCAGGCUACUAUCUGAAGAAGUAGAGCGAAUGCCCCAAGAAAAACAGAGAUACAAAGAAAAAAUAAAACUACUGGAAUUGGCAAAGAAAAAAGAUACAGCAAGUGUUAUUAAAGAAAUGUUAGACAGGGGCUUAGAUUUAGACGACGUCGACAUGUUUCUAUCAGGGUUAAAAAGCUAUUUGAACAUCGGAGAUUUCGAAAGCGCCCUUGCUUUUCUAAACAUGGCCGGCACAAAAGCUAGCUUGACUUCGGAUGAGACCUGGUCUAGUGAGGAGGUUUACGCCAAUCGAGCGCUCACUUACAUCUCAGCGUCGUGGACACGUUCGCUUAAGGGCAGUACGGAUAGCAGGCGUGCGUUUCAACAAAUGUUUCAAAUGAAGUAUGGCCAAUGCUCUGGGAUGAUUGACGGCGAAGAAGAAGAGAGCCAGACGAUGUCUGAACAAUUCGAUGUGCUUAUUGUCAACGAUGAAUCCGAUGAUACUGAAGAAGGACCAGGCGAGACAAGCGAACUGGCACAGAACCUUUUACAGGCUCUAAAUAUUUUGUUUGGCCUUGAUUCAUCCAACAAUCUCGAGAGAAACGAUGACUAUUGCCAUAUGAGAGAAGAAGUACAACUUCAAGAAAUGAGCCGCUACAGAUUAGUACUACUACUUCUUGGGGACAAUGAUUCAGAUAUUUACGACAGAAUGCUAGAGACUGUACACGUAACCUCAUGCACCACCUUUUUGGUCGUAAACACCAGGCAGAGUAGAAAGUGCCCAGACUUAAUCCGAAAGUACAAAAGCAUCAAUUACUCAGACGCUCCUUGGCAGCAGACGACACUUUUAACCUCUUCAGUCGAGGAACAAAGAAAAAGCCUAGAGGCCGAGGUGGAUAGAAAGUCGAGAGACUGGAUAAUUAAGAAUGUAUUUGGUGGAAACGUUGAGCUCAUAAUGAGAUUGUUUUGUUUUCUUGUACAGGAAGGGUUUGAGAACCAUUCCAACUUUUUUAAAACUUCAUCAAAAUUUUAGCCUAACUUUUUCUUUUGGAAAAAGGGGGGGGGGAGGAUGGUGGCAUUCUUUUAAUUCAAUUUUUUUUUUCAUUGUCAUAAUUAUGUUUAUCUAUUAUAAUAGUUAAAGUUCUAACUUUAUUUUGGUUACAGAACAUUAUAAUGGCUGUGAACAAAUUUGUACAAAUGCUACUUCUUCCCUAGUGCUAUUAGAGCAUGAAAUGGGUUGCCUGAGUCAGACAGGAAAAUCAGUGACUUGGCAGAAUUUAAAUCAUUGAUUAACAUGCAUGACUAGAUGCCUGAUGCGUAGGACGUAAUCAUUUUUUUUUAAUUGAUAAGAUAAGAACAUGGGCAUUUAAAAGGUUGACAUUCUGUUCAGACAGACAGGCUUAUAACCCGGAACUGAAUGAAAUGACCCUUAACCCUUUAUCUCCGUAAUUAUUUUCCACGUUCUGUCAGAAUUGUUCAUUUUUCACAUUUGUACAUUCGACCUUGUUAUGAUUAAACUUCAAUCACAUUUUUGUUUGUAAUCAAAAAACGUUACUUUUCAGACGUACCUCUUUCAGACCUUGCGAUCUAUAGGGCAUUUGUUUCUGUGGCCAAUGAGGGUGUCAUGUGGCCCACGAGGGUGUCAUGUGGCCCACGAGGGUGUCAUGUGGCCCACGAGGGUGUCAUGUGGCCCACGAGGGUGUCAUGUGGCCAGCACAAUCUCGAACUUCUUUUACUUUCCCCAAUUAAUGUAAAGGAACCGUUCGUAGAACUCAGAGGCGUCCUAAAAAAUCAGGGCCGGCCUUAGACUUAGAUAAACCAGCCAGCCGCCUAGGGUCUCUGAUUGGUGGUGGCCUCGCACAUGACUCAAAACAAUUUGUUUUCUUAGAGAAGAAAGAGCUUAACUUGUGCCCAAUGUUAUUUUUGGAUUACACUGCCUAUGUUUUAAAUAAAUUGCGUAAUUUUUUUUUCGCUGUCUGUCUUUUAUUUAGGCCUAUCUGUUUCUUUUGGCGACACCAAAUUCACUUCGACUAGGGCCUCCAAUUAUCCAAGGCCGGCCCUGUCGAAAUUCAAAACCCUAGUCGUCAAUGAGAUUUGACCCGAGAUCAUUAGUUCAGCCACUACUCCCAUAAAAAAAAACAACGUCCCUGUGUGGGCCUUGUUUGAUGAUGAAAUUGCUUCUAAAUCUCAGAAAUCGUAUUUUUUUUUUAAAUGUGAUAUUAGUAAUAUUUUAAUUGUUUUGAAUUGUAAUGCUAUUUCCAUAUUUGUUGUAAAUCACACUAGACUGAUGUUUUAAGACUGCCACAGCUUUCCUCUUUUACUGGAAUGGAUUUUAAAAUGUAUUUAUAUAUUUUUUGUUAUUUCCAAUCAGUAAGUCUCAGUGUAUGUAAUUUUUAAGUUUCAGUAGGCCUAUAUUAGAGUAACUAUGUUUGUGUUAUAGUUUAUUGAUGUCACAUAUUUUAAACUUUUGUUAAUUUUAUCUAAUUAAGGUCAUACUGUACUAUAUUAAUUAUGGCCUGAAAGAUUUCUUCUAAUUUUUAUUGCAAUUUAUUUACAUUUGUAAAAGUCGCUAUGACUGAUAUUGUGAUAUUAUUGAUUUUUUAUAUUUUACAGUUAACUUUACCUCAUACAUUGUACUCUAGUAUGCAUUCACUUGAUUUUUAUUAUGGUAAAGAUGUAUUGAAAAUUGCGCGUGAUACUGUGCUUUUAAGUUAUCAAGUUUCUAGAUCUAGUUCCAGUAGGCGCGGUAACGUGGGGGAAUUAGAGUGAUGGUUACUGAGAACAGACGAGGAUUGUACAGAAGCGGAGACGUGACAGUAGUAGGCUACCCUUGUUGGCUACUCAAGAUUUAAACCCAUCAUCCACUGUUGUAGACGGUCGUUGACUUGUAGCACCAAACUGCUGGUAGACAACUUAACCGCUGUAGGUGUAUUAUAUCUCUUAUCUCAACUUGUGAAACUUGAAAUAACCUGAAUAGCUUCUCUUGUGAAGAAAACUUAAUAUAACUUUUAUUACAAUAGGCCUAUAAACAAAUUCAACUUGUGAUAAAUCAAAUAAAUGUAGUAUAUUUUAUCAAUAAUAGGCCUAUAGGCCUACAAUGAUAUAGCCCUACAAUGAUAUUCUGAACAAAAUCUAGCUCUUAACAAAAAAAAAAUACUCUGGUAAUCUGGAGUCGUCUGUUUAACAAAGACCGCUGACGACUUUGACACUUAUCUUGUAUCAUUCCCAACUCUUAACCAAUCUCUAAACUCCUCCCACCGUCAUAUUAAAACACACACACUCCAUAACAUCGACGCACAAUCUUUUCUAAAAAAAAUUUCAAUAAACCUUUCUAGAACAGAAA